AUGAAGCUCGAAGUGGCCAGCACACGGAGGAGCCUUCUGGGCGAAGGGCCACACUGGGACGAGCGCAGUUCGACUCUUCUAUUCGUCGACUGCCUCGGCCAGGAGGUGGUGCGCUAUGAUCCCGCUUCUGGCGUGGAGACGCAAGUAAUUCCUACGGAAGGGCACAUCGGCAACGUUAUCCCCUUUGCCGAAGACAACCGCCAGUUAGCUCUCUGCAUGGAAAACAACCUGUAUCGACUUGACCAGAGCACCCGCGAGAAGGAGUUGCUGGUGAAAAUGAUUGACUCCCAGUCGCCAGUGAAGUCCAGGCUAAAUGACGGCAAGUGCGAUGCACUGGGACGCCUAUGGACAGGUAAGAAGGAGAAAACGAUCGAUGCCCUCUACGGGAGUGCAGAACCUGAUACCGCACAAAACAACUUUUGGUGUUACUCGAAGGGACAGCUGGAGCACAAGUUGAACGGGGUGACCAUCUCAAACGGCAUCACGUGGACGAAUGACAACAGGAUCAUGUUCUACGACGACUCGGUUCCCAGACAAAUCUACGCCUUCGAUUUCGACUUGGCCACUGGAGAGAUUCGGAACCGGCGAGUACUGGUCGACUUCAACAAGACUCCCGGCUUUCAGGGACUGGGCCUCCCGGACGGCAUGACCAUGGACCUGAAUGAUAAGAUCUGGAUGGCGUGUUUCGAAGGCAGCGCUGUUGUCCAGAUUGACCCUGAAACUGCCAAGAUCCUAACCAAGAUAGACUUUCCUGCCAAGUACACCACUUCGUGUUGCUUCGGAGGGGAGAACUACGACGUCCUGUACGUCACAACAGGCUGCUUUCGCCCAGACGCCAAGAGCCCUGAGGAUGGACGACUCUACAGGGUAACGGAGCUGGGAGCGAAGGGCAGGGCAGCCUACGAGUUUGCUGGUUAGCCGCGACCGGCUCGGUGCUUAGAGAUGGAUGCUAGGACGUGGCGUCCCUGACUAUCAACUCAUCCUGGAAUCAUGAAAGGCUGUAAUUUGCUGCUGUUCGAUUGCGAGGCGCAUAGUCGAUCUAUGCAUGCGAAGAGCUGCCCCUAAC